GAUGGGGUUUCACCGAGUUAAGCCAGGAUGGUCUCAAUCUGUUGACCUCAUGAUCCAUCCACCUCGGCCUCCCAAAGUGCUGGGAUUGCAGGCAUGAGCCACCAUGCCUGGCCUAACAUGCAACUUUAAGUAACUAUUUCCUUGAUGUAAAUAAAAUGUAAACUUUCAGAAUCCAUUCGGCACCCAAAACGUUAAGUGACAGAUCUCAUUUACCAUCCCUCCCACAAUGCACAAUCCAGAGGUCUGUACCUCUCUUGGGUGAGGAAGAAUGCAGGGACUUAAUGGGCUUUCACAGCCCUGAUUAGGUUAAGCAUCUGCUGCAGCACAGAACCCAGUGGAAGGUAGCUGGGUGGGUCUAAUCCAAUCAUCCAAGCCUCCUAUAAAUGACUGAAUUUGGCUGAGAUCACAGAGAUCUCCAGCUAGAGCAAGACUGCCUGUGAGAAAGAUUCCCCACUGCUGUGUGUAGACCUAAGAAUCCCAAGGCUACUCAAGGAGACUGAAUACAGGGACCUCAGACCCACUGAUCAGUGAGCUGGUAAGUAUGGGGCUGGGUUGGAAGGGGCUAAGUGUAUGGGAGCACCUUCUGCAUAGAUCCCAACACACAGACUCUCUGAAUCCUGCCCACAGCCCCAACACCAUUGCUGUCUGGUACCAGCACUGCUUCCAGUUCACCAGGCUCAGCCCAGUGACAAAGGAGAGGCCACAGCCCUACACCAUGGCUCGCAUUAAGCAGACUGACCUCAAAGCCACCGCCUGGCAGGCCCCCAGGAAGCCGUUGGCCACCAAAGCUGCUGGCAAGAGGGUCCUGGCUACACGAGGGAUCAAGAAGCCUCACCGCCACAGGCUUGGCACCCUGGCACUGCACAAAAUCAGGAAGUACCAUAAGUCCACGCAGCUGCUUCUGCACAAGCUGACCUUCCAAUGCCUAAUGCGUGAGAUCACCCAGGCCAUCAACCCAGACCUGCGCUUCCAAUGUGCGGCCACUGGCGACUUCAGGAGAACAGCGAGGCCUACCUGGUCCCCCUAUUUAAAGACAACAACCCAUGUGUUAUCCAUCCCUGGCAUGUCACAAUUAUGCCCAGAGACAUGCAGCUGUCCCGCCACCUCUGCGGAGAGGGUGCUGAGGAGCCCACGCUCCUGGGAAACGCUGCGCUCUAGACGGCUUUGUUUCCGUUUGAUUGUGUUUUUCAAUUUCUCUGUGUUAAUCAUAGUUCUGAUAUUAGCAGUUCUCUUCACUUUUGCUUUUAUGUCCUUCACGGGGUCCAAAAGCAGCCCUGCACAUGAUUAGGA